ACUUAGUUUGCGGUACCGGUGUGUUGAUUUUGUAUCAGAAAUUCACUGCUUUAUGAUCGAUAAUUAUGGAUAUGAGUGGAGAAGGACAGGGCGAAGAGAAAUCAUUGUACGGCGGGGCGAUGUGCGCUUUCCUACCGCCGGACGCAAAGGAUGUUAGCUUACUACGGGACAUACCAGACAACCAGGAGGUUUUCAGCCAUGCCUGCACCGAUCAAAGCUUCAUAAUCGAGAUUGUGGAGUUCCAGCAAGUUCCAGAUCAGCAGGCUGCAAAGUACCAUUUUGAAGAUAUUGCAUCCAGUAACGAGGCUGUAGGACCAGACAACUGUCAGGUAGAGUGUGUGGAACAGAUCCCUCUGGACCAGACAGGCAUGCAUCAAUGCAGCACAGCCUGGCUGCUAUCAGGAAAACAGGAGGUCACAAAGUUCAAUGAAGGAGUGGAAGCCAGGAACUGUGUGAACAUCUACCUGGCCCUGUUUAGACUACCCCAGCAUGGAACAGACAUACUUAUCACCUUUAAUGACCCUACACAAAUUAGCCCUUUAAGCAGUAGUGCACAGCAGCAGCCUGGUGUGGGCAGUGACUGGACGCUGGACCAGUUCAAGGCAGUACUACAGACACUCAGGAUAGUGGAUGAAGGCCUGUUUGCUUAGGUAGCAUCUAAUCUUAAACUGGCAUCUACUCUUAUCAUGCGU